CAUGCAACAAAAGACGUUUCGACCAUUAAAUUUUGUGUUUUCGCAAUUUAGUUAAGACUUCUAAUCGAAUAAAUGUUUUCAAGUAAUUGUAGAAUACUUACACGGAUAUUGAACACGGUAUGUGAACGAAGCAUACGGAAAUAUGUUUCUCCACCUAAGCGAUUCUACCGUAAAACCGGUGUUGUUUCCAGCAAUGGACGAUACGAGAUCACGCUGGACCAACGGAAGCUUAAAACCCCGAAAGGUGCUCCGUUCUUUGUGGAAAGUGAACCGCUAGCUAUCGCAAUUGCGACCGAAUGGGACGCUCAGAGGGAAGUGGUGGAUCGAUCCAGUAUGCAUUUGACAGCCCUCAGUAGUACGGUGAUCGACAACCCCAAUAAUUUGCAGAAGCCGGAUAUUGUAAAUUAUCUGGUCAAUUAUUUAAACACCGACGCUAUUCUUUUUCAUACAGCGGAAGAAAAAGGACUUAAAAAACUGCAACUGGCGGAGUGGAGUCCGGUGAUAGAUUGGUUCAACAAACGUUAUGAAGUGCAGUUGGUUGCCACCGAUGGGCUGGAAGUACCUAGCUUCGCUCCCGGGACAGCAAUGAACAUUAGUCGUUACUUGUCGUCCUACAGUGUGGCAGCUCUGCACGGGUUUAUGUUUGCCGUCGAUACCAUCAAAUCGCUGAUACUAACUUGUGCAUGUGUGGACCGUUUCAUAUUGCCGGAGAGGGCAGUUUUGUUGGCCCGACUAGAGGAGGAAUAUCAGCUGGGACACUGGGGACGUGUCGAAUGGGCCCACGAUGUGCAACAGCUUGACUCGCAAGCUCGUCUUGCGGCCGCUAUUCUUAUGGUUCACUUUAAUUCUAGUAAUGUUUCCAUAAAGCAAAAAAAUGUUUAGGGCUUUCGGAAAAAAAUGAA